UGGAGGUGCUUGGAGCAGCAUAUGCCCGGGCUCUUGUGGACUAAAAAAUUGGCGUUUCGGCUGGUUUGGUUGUUUUUGUGAGGCUGACAGCGGUUGUCCAGAUGUUAGUUCAUUCUUACUGCACUGCGGACCGCCAUGACGGUGUCUCGAGUCACAGCUCGCGCCUGUCCCAGCUGGGUUCGGUAUCCCACGCGGGGCCCUACUCCAGCGCGCCUCCCCUCUCCCACGCGCCCUCGUCGGACUUCCAGCCUCCCUACUUCCCACCGCCGUACCAGCCGCUCGCCCACUACCAGAGCCAGGACCCGUAUUCCCACGUGAGCGACCCGUACUCCCUGAACUCUCUGCACCAGAGCCAACAGGGCGUAUGGGGGUCGCGCCAGCGGCAGGACGCCGCCGGAGAGCGGAUGGACAGCUCCUCUUUGCUGGCCCAGCCUCGGGCCUCGCUGCAGCAGCUGCCUGGGCUGGACCCGCGGCGGGACUACGGUGGGGUGAGGCGGCCCGACGUGCUGCUGCACGCCGCUCAUCCGGGACUGGAGCCCGGGAUGGCCGACGGAUUGUUGCACGGACUGCACGGCAUGGAGGAUGUGCAGACUAUUGACGACACCAACGGAACCAACAUACUGGAUCAAUCCGUUAUUAAGAAAGUCCCCAUGCCACCCAAAAACAUCGGUUCGUUGAUGCUCGGCAAGGACGGCCUGAUCGGUGGAGUCAGCGUCAACAUCAACGAACUGUUCUGUUCGGUACCGGGUCGGCUGUCCCUUCUCAGCUCCACCUCCAAAUACAAAGUGACCGUCGGGGAGGUGCAGAGGAGACUUUCCCCGCCCGAGUGCCUCAACGCAUCCUUAUUGGGGGGCGUGUUGCGAAGAGCAAAGUCCAAAAACGGUGGGAAAUGCCUGCGGGAAAAACUCGAGAAGAUUGGGCUGAAUUUACCUGCUGGGAGACGCAAGGCUGCAAAUGUCACGUUACUCACGUCACUAGUUGAAGGCGAGGCCGUGCACCUUGCCCGAGACUUCGGCUACAUCUGCGAGACCGAGUUCCCCACCAAAGCCGUGAGCGAGUACCUCAACCGGCAGCACGCGGAUCCCAACGAGCUGCACACGCGGAAAAACAUGCUGCUGGCCACCAAGCAAUUGUGUAAGGAGUUCACAGACCUGCUGGCCCAGGACAGGACUCCCUUGGGCAACUCAAGGCCCACGCCCAUCCUGGAGCCCGGCAUCCAGAGCUGCCUCUCUCACUUUUCCUUCAUCACACACGGCUUCGGAUCGCCCGCCAUCUGCGCUGCGCUCACAGCCCUCCAAAACUACCUCACCGAGGCCCUCAAGGGACUGGACAAGAUGUUCCUCAACAACCCUCCCAACCGGCACGGGGACAACAAGUCUGGCGAGAAAGAGGAAAAGCAGCGGAAAUGAACCAGACGUGACGUUAUUACUUGCAGCUUUACGCCACUGAGACUGAAGUGCGCGCACGUAUAUAUACACACACACACACACACACACACACACACACACACACACACACACACACACACACACACACACACACACACACACCAGCCUGCAUGAGGAAGGAAGAGGAGGAAAGGAGUUCAGAGACACAGAGGGACUGUUCAUCUGCGUUACGUUCUUUCACUCCCCCGAGGACAUUCUGGCUGCGGCGUUACAUCCAUUUUGCUCCUCGUGCCAGCAUCCUGACCGCGAUGCUGUGUGCAGCAGCAGCAGACUUUGUGUGUGUGCGCGCGCUUGUGUUUGUCUUCACGCAACAAAAAGCAUUGUGAGUAUGAAGAUGGGUCAUGAGCUAUCUAUCUGUAAAACAGAUUUGUCUGGUAACUUCACACGAAAUAGAAGCGGGUGGGGGGUGGGGUUGGCGGGGGUAAUUUAUGCGUGUACAUAUUUAUUUAUAUUAAUUUAAAUGGUUGAUUUUGUAAAUAGGUGCCAGCUAUUUUGGAGGAGGCCUAUUUAUCUGUGAUUUGAUCUUUGUGCGUCACCAGCCGGUGGGUGUGGGGGAAGUGAGGGCUCGUCCAGUGUUUUUCUGUUCUUCUAGAGCUGUUGUCAUGGUGCUGAUGAUGGGUAGACAUGCUUUGAAUUGUCCUGUGCUUUCAUUUCUAUCACACUGAUAAUAAACCAUGCGUUUUAUUAUGAGA